CAACUUCACGUCUAUCGCAUGGCGUAAUGACAAAUUUCUUCCAGUCAGAAUAUUCUGCUUUUUGUCCAUUGUAGAACAACAAAGUACAGUGAAUCGCAUUUUGUUGCGGCAAACUGAUCCGUCGCUAGUAUAAUCGGCAAGAAUAUUACAUUUAUCAGGUCGUUUCGUCAGCCACGUCAUUUUUCGUUUGUGUGUUGAUCACGUCAGUGUCAGUCAGUAUUUGCGGUGUGUCUCCGUGGCUAUUUUGGAUUUCGUCGUAUAUCCAACCAACAGUAGAAUUCGUCAAUCAGAGCAAAGAGAUUCAGCCCAUUUGGCAUUUGAACGUCACGAAAAAAAGUGCAGUCUUUUUUUUUCUCGGUCCGUUCAAUAUUCAAUACGAUUGGAAAGAGUGUGAACGUGUCAAAUAUCCGCCAGCGACAACGUCAAAGAUUUUUUUCCUUUUAAAUUUUGUUAGCGAAUAGAGUCAAAACAAAUAAUCCGAUAUAAACAUGAAUAUCUUUCGAUUGACGGGUGAUUUGUCGCAUCUAUUGGCCAUUAUCAUAUUGCUAUUGAAAAUAUGGAAAACGAGAUCGUGCGCCGGUAUAUCGGGCAAAUCGCAAAUUUUAUUUGCCAUUGUGUACAUAACGCGCUAUUUAGAUUUGGUCACAACAUUCAUAAGCGUGUACAAUACAGUGAUGAAAGUCGUGUUUAUCGGUGCAUCCGUGGCAACUGUAUUCCUAAUGUUUGUCAAAUUUCGUGCCACAUACGACCGUAACCAUGAUUCGUUCCGUAUUGAAUUUUUGCUGAUACCAACCGUCAUCUUGGCUCUGUUGAUUAACCAUGAUUUUACCGUGCUCGAGGUGCUGUGGACCUUUUCAAUUUACUUGGAGUCGGUGGCAAUUUUGCCGCAACUGUUUUUGGUGAGCAAAACCGGCGAAGCAGAAAGCAUUACCAGCCAUUAUUUGUUUGCAUUGGGCUCAUACCGGGCACUAUAUUUGAUCAACUGGAUUUGGCGCUACAUCAUGGAAAGUCACUACGAUUUGAUUGCCAUUUUUGCCGGUGUCAUUCAAACGAUUUUGUACUGUGACUUCUUCUACUUGUACAUUACAAAGGUGCUGAAGGGUAAAAAACUUCAGCUUCCAGCCUAAAUUUAGAACUGAUCUACGAUUUACGACAAGCAAAUACAAAUGAGAAGGAGAUACGAGCGAAAAGAAAAGAUAGAAAUUAUAUGGCGUGCUAUUUAAAAGAAAAACGUUCCGUGCGAUGCAAAUAUCGAUGAAAAAAAGAAAGAAAAAAAAAUUAAAAUCAAACAAUGCAUUUGGCAGUAUGUGUAAUAUCUCUUCAACCUCUGAUUUGUCAAAAUAAUUAUCAUGGAUAGCAGUGAUUCGAAGCGACACAACAACAAUAGAAACAAAGCAUACAGCAGCCGUUCCACACAACGUUGUGGUUAUCAGAGGGAGUGCCAAACCAGCUAAAAAAUAUUGACGCAACAUCUGUUAUCGUAUACGCUGCGAUGUACACUAUCUCAAGCAACGGCUAUUUGGUGAUGCUGCGCUGUAAUUCUCUAUGGAAAUGAGACAGAUAAUAUCGUUUUUAAGUCACAGCAAAUUCAACGUAAUUCUUUUUUUUGCUCUAUUUAAUGCAUUUUCUCUUUCUUAUUUGCAUUUGUUUGCAAUUUAAAAUGCUAUUUUCACGGGUUCGAUCAAACGUACAUAAUGUCAAUGUUUUUUUUUUGGCCAAAUGCCACAUUCUUUUUACACAUUUUUCUUUCGCUCUGAUUUCGUUAAUAUAUUUAAUUUAAUAGACAUGCAUAAGUAAACUGAUUAAAGAGAAGAGAAACAAAACAGAAGAAGUAAAAUAAAUGUCGAGAAAAAUUUCUGUGCAUAGAUACGUUCAAGUGGAAGUACAAUAUAACAUUUAAUGAAAAAGUGAAGUGUUUUUAUUUCUCCUCAUGUAUCAACGAACAAGUGUCGAGCAAAAAAUCGAAAUGAAUUUCAUGUCAUCUACGAACUCACUGAUUCUACACUUGGAAGAAGAAGAAAAACACUCAAAAUUAAACGUUUUGAAGGUCCGAUAGAUAGAAAAGUAGAGACCAUCCUAUUAUUUAUCUAUAUUUUAUGUUCGAAAAUCCCUUCAUUUGUUCCUAAUGUGCUUUUGUUAUAUAGAUUGAGAUGAGAAUAAUUCGGACGAAAUAUAAAAGAAAUACGCAACAAUCAAUUGCACGAAGUAAUCCAAAAAAAAGGUUUAUAGAUUCAACACCUCCCCCCAUCCCUCAAGAAAUUAUCGAUAGAUUAGUAAUAGAUCAUUCUUAAGAAGAAACAAUUUUUCUCUAAUAAAAUUUAAUGGAAAAAAAAAUAACGAUUUUUACGUAAGAAAAUGCAAACACCGCUGUAAUAAUUUUAUUACUAAAUAUUAAAAUACUGAAAUCAACCAAAAAAAAAAAGAAGAAAUCUUGAAGUUGUACGCGUUUCAAGAAAAUAAAAACAUAUGAAAAGAUGAUAAAUAAAAUUUUAUUCUAAAAAAUAAAGAA